UUUGCCAUCAUUUGCUACGUGUCUCGCGCUUUAGCUGAUCACCGUUUUCAGGUUUUGGUUUUAUCUGCGCUUGCAGGCUUCCAUUCUCGCCGACUGUCCGAUUCUAAUACUGCAAUAUGGUGUCUGUUAUAAACACGGUAGAUACCUCACACGAGGACAUGAUACACGAUGCGCAAUUGGACUAUUAUGGUGUGCAUUUAGCGACUUGUUCAUCUGACAGGUCAGUGAAAGUGUUCGAUGUCAAAAAUAACACCCAGCGCCUGAUAACCACACUUAUGGGACAUGAAGGACCGGUAUGGCAAGUUGCUUGGGCACAUCCUAAAUACGGUAACAUAUUGGCAUCUUGUUCUUAUGACAGAAAGGUCAUAAUAUGGAAGGAAAUGAAUGGUCAAUGGACGAAGUAUUAUGAAUAUGGUGAUCACGAUUCAUCAGUGAACUCUGUGUGUUGGGCGCCACAUGAGGUGGGACUGAUUCUGGCGUGCGGUUCAUCAGAUGGUUCAAUUUCUGUCCUCACAUAUACUGAAGGUGGUACUUGGGAGGCAGCAAAGAUACCCAAUGCGCACACUAUUGGUUGUAAUGCUGUAAGCUGGGCACCAGCUGUGGUUCCCGGUUCAUUAGUAGAACCACCUUCAAAUGCUAACAAAGAUUCACAAGUAAAAAGAUUUGUUUCGGGUGGAUGCGACAAUUUAGUCAAAAUUUGGUGCGAAAAAGAAGGCAUAGGUUGGCAAGAAGAAGCGAAACUAGAAAGCCAUAAUGAUUGGGUGAGAGACGUUGCGUGGGCUCCAUCGAUUGGUCUCCCUAAAAGUAAGAUUGCAAGUUGCUGCCAAGAUGGUCGAGUCAUUAUUUGGACUAAUGAUGGAGUAGGGACAAGAUGGACACAAAGUGUGUUGAACAAAUUUGAUGAUGUCAUAUGGCAUGUAAGUUGGUCUCUUACUGGAGAUAUUCUUGCUGUAUCUGGGGGAGAUAAUAAAGUAUCCUUAUGGAAAGAAAGCCUUGAUGGACAAUGGGUUUGCAUUAGUGAUGUAGGGAAAGCACAAGCUGCAGGAUCCUGAGUGUAAAUUUUAAAAUAUGUUCUAUCUUUCUCUCCAUGUAUAAAAAUAUGAAACUGUUUCCAGAAUCUCCAAUUAGAAAAAAAAGUAUAUUCGCAAUUUUUUUGUGUUAUACUUCAUUUGUGAAUGGCAAAUAAUUUUCUCUUCAACCCAGUUUAGUGAUCCGAAACUUACCGUAAUUAUAUCAAUUUUAAAACUACAAUAUAAAUUUCAUUGAAUUUGAACAUGCUCUUAGAUGUUGUAAAUCAAAUAUAAAAUAAAUGCCAAUUAUAUUUUUGAAAAACUUGAAAACAUUGUUUUUAUUGUUCUCAAUGAAUUUGUGCAGAAUGAAUUCAUGACUUUAGUAUGAGUAUGUACAACUUGAUACGAAUCUAUUUCUAAUAUGAACCUGAUUAACUUGAAUUCAACAAUAUUCUUGUCAAAAUAGUCGACCUCUAUAUUUUAUGUAUGUUUUGUCUAUUGUUACAAAAGAUUGCUGAUGUUUUUGUUGAAUAAUUCAAUCAUAUAGACUUGAAAAUUUGAUCUAAACUAUUCAAAACUGGAUAUUUCCAGCUACAAGCAAUUUUAAAAUGUGUACUGACUAAUAAAAAGGAUUUCAAGCAUGUUAUUUGGCUGAGAAUAUUUUGCUAUUUUUUCAGCAUGUUGAUAGCAAUUUUCUCAUUACAUUCAGAAGUCCUCUGUAUGUGAGAAAAAUAUUAUCCAUGAAGCUACCAAGUUUAAUCAUAACAUGCUCAAUCCGUUUUUCAGUUGUGCAUUCGUGUGAUGUUAAUUUUAUUUCCUCCAGUUGAUAUAGCACAUAUUAUUCUUCACUAUUUCAAUUCAUGAGUGUGAGUUUGAUGUUUUUUCAAAAAUUAUUGGCUCAUGUAUAUAGUUCGUAACAAUCUAGGAUCACAAUCUGCAAUGCUCUCACUUUUGUGUGCUUUAUUAAACUUAAAAUAUUCUUUCUUGUUCGCUAAUGAUAAAUUAUAG